CGCACAGGCGCAGGACCGGCUACUGGUGGACGGGCUCUGGCGGUGGCUGGCGUCCUGCACUGUUUAACGGGAAGCUCCGGAGUCGGGUGCUCCGGGUCUGCGCUCCUCCUCCUUCAGCAGUAAAACACUGUGGCCUCAGCGCAGCCCAUUUAGGGACAGAUGAGCAGCGAUAUCUGCAUCCACUCCUGGCCUUGCUCCUACUACUUGGACCUUGAGAAGCGAUGGGUCCCUGGGAAACUGUCCCUGACACCACGCUCACUGAAGUUCAGCACAGACAGAGCUGGAGAAGUCCUUGUUGGCUUACCCCUUUCCAGUAUCACUGAGAUCAGGAAGGAAGCUUCACACUUCAUCUUCAGUGCCAUCACCAUCCUCGAGAAGGGCCACCUGAAGCACUGGUUCAGCUCCCUGCGGCCCAGUCGCAAUGUUGUCUUCAAUGUCAUUGAGCACUUCUGGAGGGAGAUGCUGUUGUCUCAGCCUGGUGCUGUGGCUGAUGCAAACACCUCCCCUAUGACCAAGGGGCAGGAACUGACGGCUCUGAUGGCAGGCUCCCAGAGGCGCCUAGAAGACACAGCAAAAGUGCUUAACCACCAGGGUGAGCAGCUGGACAGUGUCAUAAGGGGCCUAGAGAAGAUGGAGUCAGACUUAGAUGUGGCUGACAGAUUAUUGACGGAACUGGAGUCUCCUUCCUGGUGGCCCUUCAGCUCCAAGCUUUGGAAGAUACCAGCAGGAGCAAAGCCAAAGGAAGACACCUCCAUAGGUGGUUGUGAGCCUUUUGGAAAGGAAGGAGUUGUGAUCAGAAUCCCUGCUGUUAUUUCCCAAAGAACAGAAACUCACACUAAACCAGGAAAGCUUACCAUCUUGGUUUCUGGUUUGGAAAUCCAUGACUCCAGUUCUCUGCUCCUGCACAGGUUUGAGAGGGACGAUGUAGAUGACAUUAAGGUUCACUCGCCUUAUGAAGUCAGCAUACGCCAGCGGUUUAUUGGGAAGCCAGACGUGACUUAUCGAGUGAUAUCUGCCAAGAUGCCAGAGGUCAUUCCCAUUUUAGAAGUGCAGUUCAGUAAGAAGAUUGAGCUGUUGGAAGAUGCCUUAGUGCUGAGAAGCACAGGAACCUCUUCCCCUGCAGAAAAGAGUUUCUCUGUCUGGCAUGCAGCAUCCGGGCUGAUGGGCUGUUCUGUGCACCACGAGCAACCCACAGGUGGCCAGGAGGGCGGGGCACUGCAGCUGCAGAGGAGCCAGCCAUUCCUUUCCGACAGGGAAGCCCAGGAACUGACGCAGAUCCUAAGCAAGCUGAAAGGACUGGCACUGGACGCAGAGACAGAGCUGGAGCGGCAGGAUGACGCCUUGGACGGCAUCACUGCAGCUGUGGAUCGGACAACCUUGACUGUGGACAAACAUAACCGACGCAUGAGAAAGCUGAUCUAGAAGGACAUGGACCACAGGGCUGCCAUUUCUGGUUCAGCUCUCUGGGCUGCUGUUUCCAGCCUCUGUAUGUCCUUUGUACAUGCCUGGGCAACUGCUGUGGACACUUGGACGCACAAGGCCCUGCCUGGGAGCCCACACCUCCCCAGGAUGGGCCAUCUAGAGCAUUGCGCAAGUGCAGGGCCUCCUGGGUGCCUUUAGCAUGUUGGUCAAGCCCUCUGAGGUGUAGGGUGGCCAUACAGCAUGACCUUCCUUCUUAUCUAUGUCUAAGACCUUAGUCUGUGCCACCGUUGGCCCUGGCCCAACUGUCCAACAUGAAUGUGGUCACACGUUUCUCCAUUCUCACCAAGCAUUAAGGAAACCUCUAAGUCCUUUUGAACGAAGUAGACUCAGGCCAGCCCUGUCCUGUCUGAGCCCCGUAGGCAUGCGCUUCCAGCAACGCACACUCCUCCUGCUCAAAGCCACAGCUGCACACCACCACUUGCAUCCUGCUCCUCUUUCUCUGGUGGUGAGCCAUCUUCUUUCUGCAUGUUUGGACACUUACCUGAAGCUCUGCAAAUACAGUUCAGCCAUGCUAUCAGCAUAAGGUUGGUCUGAUUUUGCUGCUAUCCAGAAAUAAAAAGAAAGUUGUCAUUUUAGUUUCUAAAACCGUGUCUUGCUGCUUGCUCGUGUACUUUCAGCGAGUGCACUCACGCUGCUGGGAGAGCCCGAACAGGGAGGACUGAACCCUCCUCAAGUUCCCCACAACAGGCCUUUGUCUCCUGUGUGUAUUUAAGAAACAUGUGAUAUCUGUGUCUGAGGGUCCGUGUGAUGAUCCAGUGCAGGUCUGCAGUGUGUCGUGAUCAGGUUGGGAACCAGUGUUAUAUAAAGUAUAUGAUCUGCUGCAAUCUGUCACCACACACUGUGCAGCAGAGCACUAGAGCUAUUCCUGCUAGCUGUGCUUUGGUUUCUGCUAUCCAGCCCCCACCAUCUGCCCUCUCCCCUUCCCAGCUUCUGCUUUCCUCUUAUGAAAUUUCCUUCCAUGUAGGAGGUACUUGUCUUUAUUAUGUACCUGGCUCAUUUCACUUAGCAUGUCAUCCUCCAGGUUUAUCCGUGUUGCAGCAAAUGACAAAAUUUUGUUCUUUUUAUUGCUGAGUAUAUCAUCCCAUUGUAUAUAUACAUUUUUUUGAGGUGCUGGGACUCAUGGCCUCUAUGUUAGGUAAAGUG